GCUGGCGUUGCUGCAUCUUCGGCUGCCUCACCCUCCUCUAGCAAUCUGCUGCUCUUGCUGCUACCAGCUUCCCUCAGCUCUUACCCUCCGCGCUCCUCAACCCACGUGCUCACAAGCAUUCGCCUCCUGCCUUCCUUGUUCUAUCCCUCAUUUGCCUGGACUGCUCUUCUGCCCUUCUGAAGCUUUUUUCGAACCAUUUAUCAGUUGCUGGAGUCUUCUCUCGAAUAAGUAUUGGACAAUGGAGAGUGCAAACCUCAAUACGGAUACGCCGAAGCCUUGUGCUGGGGGAUGUGGUUUUUUUGGUUCAGCCCCUUUGGACUUUUAUUGCUCAGUUUGUUUCAAGAAAAACAUCGGGGAAGAGGAGUUCAAACGUAGAACCCAGUCCAUCAAGAAGGUAGAUUCUGAGUCACUGCAAGAAAAUAUCAGCGUGGAGGAGGAGAAGAAGUCUAGUGUUGAUGAGCAAGACACGGCAAUCGCAAAAACUGACAUUCUGGCCCAAACGGUUUGUAAAACCGAGACAGAGGUGGCUGCAACCGCGUCUUGUGAGGAGCCCGUUCAGAAGAAACCGGCAACUAAUCGAUGUUACACUUGCAAAAAGAAGGUUGGGCUCACCGGGUUUCACUGCCGAUGCGACAAUGUCUUCUGCAGUGCUCAUCGAUAUUCAGACAAGCACGAUUGUUCGUUUGAUUAUAAGGCCGCCGGUCGUGAGCAACUUGCGAAAGCUAAUCCUACAGUCGCUGCAGCAAAAAUUGAGAAGAUUUGAUCCUUCUUCCGAAUCUUGGUGCUGUUUUCCAAGGCAGGAUGGCGAGUGACAAUCGUGAAAUGAUCACAGUUGAAAGCAGAUCGCGUAGUCUCUUUGAUACUUUUUUAAGCGUUAUGAUCCUUACAAGUGUUGUGUAUUUCUG